AAUGAAUUCCGUGGGAACUCCUACUUAGGAGCUGAGGGCGAGGAGUCGGUGCGCCGGCAGAUCUUUGAGACCAACUACGCGUACAUCACUGCCCAUAACGCUGAGGCCGACAAAGGUGUCCACACUUUCCGAUUGGGUGUCAACCAGUUUGCAGACAUGACUAACGAGGAGUACCGACAGCUCCUGAACCUGAAGGUGAAUGCAAACCAAGUGAACAACACUUAUGCUGAAGAUGUGGACGAUCUAACUCUUCCCAAGAGUGUCGACUGGAGGACCAAGAAUGUGGUGACACAGGUCAAGAAUCAGGGACAGAGCCUAUCCAUAAAAUCUUUCAUAACAAAUACCUGCCCCACAGGUCAGUACGCUAUCAAUACGGGAAAUCUGGUGACACUGGCGCCCCAACAGAUAAUGGACUGUAUUUAUCCCGGUCGUACUUACCAAGAUGUCUGUUAUACAGGCGGCGAUCCCGUGGACGCCAUUGAACUGGUCAUCAAAGAGGGUAUUGAAAAGGAGUCGGACAACCCAUACAAGUCCGACUACCCGGGUUCGUACUGGUGUCUGUACAACAAGAGUAAGAAAGCCGUGUCCGUCACCGGUUUAAACACUUUACAGACCGGUCGGGAGUCAGCCCUCAAGAGGGUCGUGGCUCGCGUGGGACCGGUAGCCGUGGUCAUCGAUGCCGGCCACCAAACCUUCCAACUCUACACGAGCGGUGUCUAUGUUGACAGCGCCUGUCGUAACGAUUUCCAGAGUCUUAAUCACGCAGUUCUGGCUGUGGGUUAUGGCAGUGAGAGGGGACGGGACUACUGGCUUAUUAAGAACUCGUGGGGCGCUCAAUGGGGAGCUCAGGGUUAUAUUAAACUGGCCAGGAACAAUAAUAACCAGUGCGGUGUGGCCACCUAUGGUGUCUACCCUACCGGUGUUCACUAA